GGAUCACGGCGCCGCCUAUGCCUACCGUACUUACUGUAGUUAACUCGCACUAUGCAUGGCCGUGAGAACAUCUAAUAUAUUAAAUUCCAUUAAACAUUUUAUUUAAAGAACUCCCAAAGAGGUAUUUUGGCUGGGCAGCGCUGGGCGAGGGCUCGCUCCUGGCGGCUGCUCAGGUGCCCCCUGCGGGCAGCAUCCCCCAGUGCCCGCUCAGGUGUCUGCCCGGCCUGCCGCGGCCCGUGUCCCGUUCUGGGCGCAGCCCAGGGGGAGGAGCGCAGCGGGCGGCGGUGCUGCGUUUCCCCGCCCGCCGCGGCAGGUGCGGCGCAGGUGCGGCCAGUGCCCGUUCCCGGUGCCCGGUGCCCGUUCCCGGUACCUGCCAUGGCGUACCGCGAGCUGGUGCGGCGCUGGCACGAGGCCGUGCGGGCCGCGGACCGCGGGCACUGGGACGCUGCUCUGGACGCCUUGGGCGGCAUCGCGGAGCCUCCGGCCAGGAUCUGCUUCAACAUGGGCUGCGUGCACCUGCUGGCCGGGCGGCCCGAGGCGGCCCUCAGGGCAUUCAAUAAAACCAUUGAGAAGGACAAUUCCCUGGCAGUGGGCUACUUCCAGAGAGGGUUUGUCCACCUGCAGCUGGAAAUGUAUGAAGAAGCUCUCUCUGAUUAUCACAUGGCCUUCAGUCACCUAAGACAAAAUCCCUUCAUUGAUUACAAGCAGCUGGGGCUGAGGCACAUCCUCUAUGCCUGGGAGGUGCUGUACAGCACUGCAGCAGUGCAGUGCCACCUGCAGCAGUGGCAGGAGGCCAGAGUCACCCUAGAGAAAGCUGUUGUGUGGAGACCUGAAAGAAGAGCAGCAGUCCUGGAGCUGGCCCUGGAGCGGGUGCAGGACCACCUGUUUUUAGAGCCCAUGCUAGUUCCUCUUGGGGAACUUUUCAGACCACGAAAGAAGGAAGUUGAGCAGCUGGAUUCAAAAGAUUUCCUGGGUAAACCCAAGGUGAUCUCAUCCAUCAUUCCCAACGAUGAGUACAUUGGCUUUGAGCCUCUCAGGCCUCAGAAACAGGGCUUUUAUGAACCCAGUGCCGAUGCUCUGCGGGAUGCCGAGUCCGGCUACCACCGAGUGCUGGCCCAGUACCGGCCCCAGGAGCCCGCGGGGGCGGAGCUGCCGGCCGGGAGCCUCUUGUUUGUGCUCAGCAGGACAGCAGACGGCUGGGCCACGGCCAUCCACGAUGGGCAGAAGCUGCACAUCCCAAGCUCUCUCCUGGAGCCUGCCUCAAGGAUGGAUAAGUGGAAGAUCAACACUGGGAUUCCCCUUCCUCCUGCCCAGGUGCCUCCCAGCUGCCUCCAUGUGAAGCAGAAGCCAGAUCCUCCUGGGGAAGAAAAUGCCUCUGCCAAUGAUGCCAGUGCCCACACGGACUCCAAGGUGCCCCCGGGCCGCGGGCAGGCCGCUGGCCGGCCGGCGGUGCUGCGGCUGCGCUGCGAGUGCUCGCUGGUGCUGCGGGCGGGCGCGGCCCCCGCGCUGCCGGCGCUGCGCGCCCUGCUGCGGGACACGCUGGCUCUGCAGGCUCAGCGCGGCACGCUCAGCUGCAGGCUCCAGGAUGGCACAGAGCUGGGGACAGUGUCAGGACAGGAAGACCUGGGGAAGGUGUGGCAGCAGCUGACGGACGGCAGGCUGACACUCUGCUGCCAGGAUUCAGACUCCCACUUGGGCAGACCUAUUCUCUACCAGAUGCUGGCUCAGCACUCUUACCUGGCACAGGGACCAGGGGACCUGGAGUUCAGCAAGGGAGAUGUGCUGGAUAUCCUCUCUGAAGUGAACAAGGACUGGCUGGAAGGACGCUGCAAUGGCAAGACUGGUAUCUUCCCCAAAUGCUUUGCCACCCAGACCAGCUGUGAUGCUGCCUCCCUCUAGCAAACAGGAGCCUUUUCCUGCCUGACUGCACCCCUAGGGGUGGAAACACUGGUCCCAGCUCAUUUGGGCCUCAGCCAGCACAGCCAGAAGCUCUGCCAUACCUGGACAGGGGAUAACUCCCACUCAGAUCCAUGGGGACAGUUCCAGUGAUGGCAUUUCCUCCAGCCUGUUCCCUGACCUCCUGCUUACACUGCCAAAGAUGUGUCUGUGCAGAGCAGAGAGCGAGGGAGAGAGCUCUGGGGUUUGCCUAUGGCCUGGGAAUUGUCCAUGUGGCAGCUCAGCUUCUGGGUAGAAAGAGUUUCCCCUGCAUGGGAAGAGUUUCCCCUGGCUGGAAGUCUUUACCCCUUCUCCCUUGCUGCUUAUGAUGGGGCUGUGAAGGCUGAGCCUCACUUCUGAAGCCAAGGGCAGCUGGCUGGGAGAAGGGGCCGAGCCCUGUUCCCCUGGCUCUCAGGUCACAUAACCUUAUCUCCACCAGCCAGAGAUGCUGCUCUUUCAAAAGGCUUUUGGAAUCAGUUUGCAGUGGGAUUAACGGGUUAACACCACGAGUUAGGACCACUGUCUUCCAUAGCAAAUAGUCUAUGGACCUGACCAUUCCUUGGCCAGAUGCCUUUGGCACUUGUCUUAAGCAAUAAGGCCAAGGUGGGAUCUUGGAGCACAGAUGCAAUUGUGGAAAUCCCCAUGCUCAGAGCAGCUCUGGGCUGUGAGAGAGCCCUGGAGACCCUGAGGAAAGGGCUGGCUGGGAAGUGCAGUACUGGACUGCUGCUGCAAGGACUGAAAGCCCUGUCUAAUUCCUGCAGCUGGGCUGGGCUAGGCUCUGCUGAUCUAAAUAAAACACUCAAGUGCCUGGAGCUGGAGCCUGUUCUGGAUUUGAUGUCUUGACAAAACUUGGCUAUGUAACUUGAAUAUAAAAUAAACCCUGAGCCAGAGUUGGCAACUCUUAAA